GCUUAUAAAACUCAAAAACAAGGUACCUUGAAGUAGUCAAAGACUCUCGACCCUUGCUUGGCUUGAUUGACAUGUUACUUUAUCAUGGUGCCGUUGCAACCUGAUGAGUCACGGAUCGGAAUAUUCUGCUAUAUAUUCUGCCUACCAUGCAUCGGUGAUGCUAGCGCCUCCAUCAUCUUUCUGAACCAUGGAUUUACAAACCUUCAUUGACCUAUCAACCAGCAUCCAGUACCAGGAUUAUUUUUUCGUGUCGCUAGUGGUUUCUUGGGUCUAUGAUUGUUUCCUGACCUUAGACCGAGAGAUAUCUUCGAUUCAUUCGCCACCGUGGAAGAUAGGAAGUAUUCUUUAUGUCAUGACGAGAUACAUGCCAGCCUUCGUGCUCUGUAUACACUUAUGCAUGAACUAUCUCCCAAAUGAAAAAAUUGUGACUUGCAAACUUCUACAUUCAAUAUGGUUUCUUGCUGCUGCAUUGUGCAUAGCUGGUGCAGAAGGUAUCUUCGUCCUUCGCACCUAUGCAUUGUGGGGAAACAAGAAAUUCAUUCUGAGCAUCAUGUUGUCAACGGUGCUUUGCUUUGCGGUCUUGGACGUGAUAAUGACAAUGACGAUUUCCAAACGCUUGGAACUUCAACUAUCAGACAUAGGUGGCGGUUGUUACUCACUAUCUCGCGACACGAUGUCUGCAUAUCCUUGGACACUUCUGGUAGCGUUCGAGCUUGAGAUCAUAGCACUCACCAUGAUUCGUGUAUAUCGGGCAUACCGCGAAAGCGAGUCUCUGCUGCUUGAAAUCCUUCUACAACAUAAUAUUUUUUACUUCGGAACUGGGAUAGCACUAUCGGUGGUCAAUAUUGUAGUUAUUGAAUGCUUGCCGUACACCUCUUCAAAUAUGUUCGGGACAUUUCAAAUCGUUAUGCAUACGAUCCUCGUUACUCGGAUGCACCUACAGUUUUGUAGCACCAAUGAGGUUCACGACUCAUCUGAGUCCGGAACCACGCCAUUCUCUCGAUUGACACAUGUUGAACUUCAGACGUGUUCGCACUCGAAUGUAUGAUAAUUCAAUGAAACUUUCAUUUUCAUUCAGACA